AUGACCUGGGGGACCCUGUACGCCCAGCUGGCUGGUGUGAACCGCCACUCUACCAGCCUGGGGAAGGUGUGGCUUUCUGUCCUCUUCAUCUUCCGGGUCACCGUGCUGGUCCUGGCGGCCGAAAGCGUCUGGGGGGACGAACAGAGCGACUUUGUCUGCAAUACCCUGCAGCCGGGCUGCGAGAACGUCUGCUACGACCACUUCUUCCCCGUGUCCCACAUCAGGCUCUGGUGUCUGCAGCUUAUCUUCGUCUCCACGCCCGCUCUCCUCGUCGCCAUGUACGUGGCCUACCGUCAUCACACCGACAAACACCAGGUCCUGCAGCAGGGUUCAGUCGGGGGGCGUUGCCGCAGCGACAAGGCCCAGGCGGCCCAGGAGGCUGAGCUAGAGAGUCUGAGGAGGCGGAGGCUGCCAAUCGCCGGGCCACUGUGGUGGACGUAUGCCUGUAGUCUGGUCUUCCGCCUGCUGUUCGAGGGAGGCUUCAUGUAUGCUCUAUACGUGUUGUACGACGGCUUCCAGAUGCCCAGGCUGGUCCAGUGUGACCAGUGGCCCUGUCCCAAUGUGGUGGACUGCUUUGUCUCCCGCCCCACAGAAAAAACUGUCUUCACUGUUUUCAUGGCCGCCUCCUCCUGCGUCUGUAUGGCACUCAACAUGGCCGAACUGGCCUACCUGGUCGCCAAGGCUAUCGCUCGGUGCCCGUCAUCACGGCGCAGAGGGGGGAAACAGAAAGGGGAGGGUGCAAACUGUUCCUCAACCUCUUCCAAAGACAAGACUCUGCAGCAGAACAAGAAGAAUGAGAAGUUGUUGUCAUCCUCUUCGUCUGGGUCCACCUGCAGCAAGGCGGUGUGA